AUGGCAACACCGUGUCACAACACUGGCAUUCAAGCCAGUCUGGACUGCCGCAGCAACUCAGCACUCAUUUCUUGGACACCAGGCAACGGUUCAUUAAGUUUUAAUGCAACACUUCAGUCGCUCCAGGACCCCCAAAAGCACAACUGCUUCACCAAUGGCUCCUCCUGCAACAUUGGCUCACUGCCGUGUGGUCAGCACUAUAACAUCUGUGUUACAGGAUACGGCCAGACCUGUUCAACCUCUUCUAAAGCCUUGGUCACUCUAGACACAGCUCCAUGUGUUCCCACUCAAGUCAAUGUGUCAUUAUCUUGUGGGUCGGACACUGCAUCUGUUUCCUGGGCAGCAUCCAGUGGCCUUGUUUCAUACUAUACAGUAACAGCAGUAGAUGAUAAUGGACGUACUCUAACCAGCAACUCCAACAGAACUUCCUGUGACAUCAGCGGCCUGUCGUGUGGUCAGGCGUACAAUGUGUCAGUCACAGCUAUGAGUGUGGACUGCACUGGGCAACGCAGUGAAGUGCGUCGCAUCAGUACUGCACCCUGUGCUCCUCAGUCUGUGGUCAGUCAGCUCUUAGACUGUCGAACAGGUGAUGUUCAGAUCAGCUGGCAGUCGAGUAAAGGGGCACAGAUCUACUAUGCUCAAGCAAAAUCCACAGUCAAGACUCUGGUGUGUAACUCUACCUCCACGUCCUGCAUAAUCCCUGCAAUUUGCUGUGGGCAGACGCACAAUAUCACUGUGGUUGCAGUGGCCAACAGCUGUAGCUCCAACACCAGUGUGGCCAGUCAGGUCACUGCAGAGGUUCAUGAGGAGCUCACCAGGUCAUGGAUGUCACCUUUUACUGCCAGAAACUGGCUUGGUAGUUCCUCCUCCCUCACCAUAAUGGAUGGUGGAGCAACCAAAGUGUAUAUGGAGAUCACCUUGGUGGACCAGUCAGUUGCAAUACAGUUGUGUCCUGGUACUGCCUCCAUAUGGCAGGGCAAACGGUCCCUUCCCUCCCGGGCCUGUAAACACUUGUCUGUUCUGACCAGCAGUGCUUAUGUGGCCUGUGUAGAGGCUGCCUCCAUCAUACAGGCCAUGGCAUUACUGCAGGAGUGCCAUCUCUGGCUGUGUCUGGCCAACAUGAAGGGCGUAGACAAUGUUCAGUUCCUUAAUGCCCCCAUGUCCCAGACCGUCCUCUUCGGCAACACAGUCGAGAGUUUUGCCCAGCAGUUCUCGGAUGCACAGAAGCAGACUGAGGUGAUUUGA